UGUGCGCUCACGUAUUCUUGGGGUAACGAGGAAUGGAUUUACAAAAGUUGGAGCAGUUCUUUUAUGAAAGCAUAUACUCAGCAUGUGUUAUUGCAUCUGUUAAACAUAUUUCAAGUACUACUUUUAUACCUGUUGUAGUUCAAUGAUCCCUGGUUCAAGAAAUCCUAUGUGGGGGGAGGAGUUCAACUUUUCAGUUGAUGAGCUUCCAGCAGAGAUAAAUGUAACAAUAUAUGAUUGGGAUAUAAUUUGGAAAAGUGCUGUUCUUGGUUCGGUGACUGUACCUGUUGAAAAUGAAGGUCAGACAGGUGCUGUAUGGUAUACAUUGGACAGCACGUCAGGGCAGGUUUGUCUUCACAUUAAAACAGUAAAACUCAAUAUCAAUUCUUCAAGGGGUUUGAAUGGCUGUGGUAAUACUCGUAGAAGGAUUGCUUUGGAUAAAGAAGGACCUACUGUUGUUCAUCAGAAACCUGGGCCGUUGCAAACAAUUUUUGAUCUCCCUGCUGAUGAGGUUGUUGAACAUAGUUACUCUUGUGCACUUGAGAGGUCAUUUUUGUAUCAUGGACGUAUGUAUGUCUCUUCCUGGCACAUUUGCUUCCACUCAAAUGUGUUCUCAAAGCAAAUGAAGGUAGUUAUUCCUUUAGGAGAUAUUGAUGAGAUAAGGAGGAGCCAGCACGCAUUCAUUAACCCUGCUAUUACAAUAAUUCUACGUACAGGUGCUGGCGGCCAUGGGGUACCUCCUUUAGGAAAUCCUGAUGGGAGGGUACGAUAUAUGUUUGCGUCUUUUUGGAAUAGGAAUCAUGCAAUUAGAGCCUUGCAACGGUCAGCAACAGACUACCACGCCAUGCUAGAAGCAGAGAAAAAGGAGAGGGAACAGUCAGCACUACGUGCACAUAGCAGCUCGGUUAAAGGAAGUAAAAAGAUGGAUAUGAGUCGGAAAGAAAAUGUGUCGAAGACUGAGAAAUCUCAGCCUUUUAUUAAAGAAGAAGUCCUUUCUGGUAUAUACAAUGACAUUUUCCCAUGCACACCUCAGCAGGUUUUUGACUUACUACUGGCUGAUGGUUCAAAUUAUACUAAUGAGUAUCGUACAGCACGUAAAGAUUCUAAUCUCAAUAUCGGUCAGUGGCAUUCUGCUGAUGAGUAUGACGGUCAAGUCAGAGAGAUUACAUUCAGAACCAUAUGUAACAGUCCCAUGUGCCCCCCAGAUUCAGCAAUGACAGAGUACCAGCAUGCCGUUUUGUCACCGGAGAAGAACAUGCUGGUUUUUGAGACUGUACAACAGGCACAUGAUGUCCCAUUUGGAUCAUGCUUUGAGGUCCACUGUAGGUGGUCUUUAGAGGCAUCUUCUGAAUCAUCCUGCGUUUUAGACAUAAAAGUUGGUGCACAUUUCAAGAAAUGGUGCAUUAUGCAGUCUAAAAUUAAGGCAGGAGCUGUUGACGAGUACAAGAAGGAGGUUUCGACAAUGAUCCAAAUGGCUCGUUCAUAUGUUGAAUCCAGAAACUCAGGAAGUGAAACACAAAACGUUGCGUCUGGGCCUUCCGUUACUCAAGAAACUGCUAGUGUAGGGUAAGGUAUACUUGGUCUCAAGAAUAUUGUAAGUGUUCCAUAUUUCUGUUUUGUUUCUUUGUAAGUAAGAUAGUACUAUAAGUCCAUGUAAUUUCAGCACAAUCUUUUGAUAGUAACUGCACCCUAUUCCCCAAACGGAGGUCAAGUGGUGUGCUUUUAUAAUCUAUGGACACAAUUUUUGUAUUAAUGAUAGCUGAUUUUUUCUGGUGUCCUCA